AUAUGGUGUAGCAUGAUGCGCUAAAAGAACAAACUCUCCUUGUUCAAUUGUCUUGUUUGAUACUCUCACUUUGUACCAAUUCGCUAUUGGUGGUCGCACUAGGUCCCUGUGCGAAGUCUGACUCGCAACGCGACAAGCGACUAUGGCGAGCAAUGGAGUAGGCGGUGGUGAGCCCACCAAGGUCAGUAUCUUGGGCAAAGACUCGAUUGUCGUCGACUACGGUAUCUGGCAAAACUACAUCGCCCAGGAUCUACUCACCAACAUCCCCUCAUCGACAUACGUCCUCAUCACCGACACAAACAUCGGCCCUCUCUACACACCCACCUUUGAGCGCGCCUUCGCUUCGGUUGCAUCCUCGCUCUCCUCAUGCCCGCGACUCCUCACGUACCAGAUAUCGCCAGGCGAGACAUCCAAAUCACGACACACCAAAGCCGCCGUCGAGGACUGGCUGCUGUCGCAAGGAUGCGUGCGCGACACCGUCAUAAUCGCUCUGGGCGGGGGUGUAAUCGGGGACAUGAUAGGCUAUGUCGCGGCAACUUAUAUGCGCGGCAUCAAGUUUGUCAACGUGCCCACAACGCUCCUGGCCAUGGUGGAUUCGAGCAUAGGCGGCAAGACGGCCAUUGACGUGCCUGCGGGCAAGAAUCUGGUUGGCGCCUUCUGGCAGCCCGAGAGGAUAUACAUUGAUUUGCAAUUCCUGGAAUCGCUACCCAAGAGGGAGGUCAUAAAUGGCAUGGCCGAGGUGGUUAAGACGGCUGCCAUCUGGAAUGAGGAGGAAUUCACGACGCUAGAGGGCAAUGCGGACAUGAUCUUGGCUGCCGUUGACCAAAAGCCCGUCGAUGGACGCAGGAACUUUGACAGCAUAGCGAGCAUCCUGAAGCGGAUAGUAUUGGGCUCGGUACGCGUCAAGGCUGAAGUUGUCUCAGCAGAUGAGCGCGAAGGCGGACUGCGCAACCUGCUGAAUUUCGGACACUCGAUCGGUCAUGCAUACGAAGCCAUUCUCACCCCGCAAAUCCUCCACGGGGAAUGCGUCGCCAUUGGAAUGGUCAAGGAGGCGGAGCUGGCGCGACAUUUGGGUGUACUGGACCCCUCUGCAGUCGCGCGCCUAACAAAGUGCAUUGCGAGCUACGGACUACCUACCUCCUUAGCCGACAAGACUGUGCGGAAACGGUCCGCGAACAAGCACUGUCCCGUGGACGAGCUUAUCAAAAUCAUGGCCGUGGACAAGAAGAAUGCCGGCAAGACCAAGAAGAUUGUACUUCUUUCUGGCAUUGGCAGGACAUAUGAAAAGAAGGCUAGCUCGGUCGAGGAUCGCAUCAUCAGGAUUGCGCUGUCACCCAGUAUAUCCGUACACCCCGGUGUUCCAACUGAUUUGGAUGUGACAUGCACGCCUCCAGGAUCCAAGAGUAUCUCAAACCGAGUACUCGUGCUCGCCGCACUUGGAACGGGCUCAUGUCGUAUUACCAAUCUGUUGCACUCAGACGAUACACAGGUCAUGUUGGAUGCGCUUGCCAAAAUGCAAGGCGCCAGCUUCGCAUGGGAGAACGAUGGCAAGGAGCUCGUAGUUACAGGCAAUGGCGGUAAUCUCAAGGCAUCCAGCAACGAGCUAUACCUUGGAAACGCGGGCACAGCUGCACGCUUCCUGACCUCCGUAACCGCACUUUGCCAGCCCGUAGAGGAUACGACUUCCACAAUCGUGACCGGCAAUGCUCGCAUGAAAGAGCGACCGAUAGGCCCACUUGUCAAGUCACUUCGCACUAUGGGUGUCGAGAUAGACUACCAAGAGAAGGAGGGUAGUCUUCCCCUGCGAAUCUCAGCUUGUGGCGGAUUCGGCUCAGACUCUUUCACCGGCGACAUUGAGCUCACCGCGAACGUCUCUUCGCAAUAUGUAUCUUCCAUCCUACUGAGCGCACCGUACUCGAAAAAGCCAGUCACGCUACGUUUGGUAGGUGGCAAGGUCAUCUCGCAGCCAUACAUUGACAUGACCAUUGCCAUGAUGGCUGCUUUCGGCGUGCAGGUCGAGAGGUCUGAAAGCGAUCUCAAUACCUACCACAUCCCCAAUAAGCCAUACACCAAUCCUUCAGAGUAUGAGGUUGAGAGUGAUGCUAGCUCAGCUACAUACCCUUUGGCUAUCGCAGCCAUUACCGGUACUACAUGCACGGUGCCAAACAUUGGUUCCGGAUCUCUCCAGGGUGAUGCUCGCUUUGCUGUGGAGGUGCUCAAGCCCAUGGGCUGCAAGGUAGAGCAAUCCAAGACGUCAACCACCGUCACUGGUCCACCACGUGGCGAACUCAAAGCUGUCAAGGAGAUUGACAUGGAACCCAUGACUGAUGCCUUCCUAACUGCAUCUGUCUUGGCUGCGGUGGCAUCUUCAAACGGCUCUACUUCUACAACUCGAAUUUACGGCAUCGCAAAUCAGCGCGUAAAAGAGUGCAACCGCAUACAGGCCAUGGAAGAUGAGCUCGCAAAGUUCGGUAUAACUUGCCGGCAGUUUGAUGACGGCAUUGAAGUCGAUGGCAGAGGCUACCAGCUUGAUGCUCCCAAAGUUGGCAUCCACUGUUACGAUGACCAUCGCGUAGCCAUGAGCUUUGCUGUCCUCGCACUUGUUGCCCCCGAACCAGUGCUCAUCCUCGAGAAGGAGUGCACAGGUCCAUUUUUAUCAUCGGAAUGCGGGGUGCUGGCAAGACAACUGCUGGUGGCUGGGCAGCACGCGCUCUCGGACGUCCCUUUAUCGACCUAG